AUGGAAGGCCUGGAGAACAAGGUACUCCAGGACCUCAAGGCCUACCUGGACCAAUGGGACCUCAGGGUGAAAAGGGGCCAAUUGGUAUCCCUGGCAAAGAUGGGGAAUCAGGACCACCAGGGGCACCAGGUCCCAGGGGUGACUCAGGAAAAGAUGGUGUGCCUGGAUCCCAAGGCCCACCUGGCCCUACUGGUCCAGCUGGUGACCGAGGGCCAACAGGACCUUCUGGCCCAAGAGGAUUCCAAGGACUUCCUGGAGCAACAGGUACCCCUGGAACACCUGGGAAAGAUGGAGAACCCGGAGUUCAAGGUCCUCCAGGGCCUGAUGGACCAUCUGGCCCACGUGGAGAAAGAGGAUUUCCAGGAGACAGAGGACCACAAGGGCCACCUGGUGCUCCUGGGCCAAGAGGAGAGCCAGGAAUUAUGGGAAAGGAUGGCCUACAGGGCCCACCUGGACUCACAGGUCAAAAGGGUCACUCUGGACCCCCAGGUCCACCUGGGGAACCAGCUGAAAAGGGUGAGGCUGGACCACCUGGCCCACAGGGAGAAACUGGGUCCCCUGGGGCACCUGGAGAAAGAGGACCAGUUGGACCACAAGGACUACAAGUACAGUGAAAGCAAUUGCAUCAAGUUUCUUAUUGUCUUCAUGAUGAUUCCUCAUCAGGGAUUUCCUGGACCUAUUGGUGCACCUGGUACUCCAGGUACAAAGGGACAAAGAGGAUUGCCUGGCUCAAAGGGUGAACAAGGUGCCUCAGGACCAUCUGGACCAAGAGGAGAGACUGGCCCAAUGGGUUUGACAGGUCUUGCUGGGCCAAAGGGACAAAGAGGAGAAAUUGGACCACAGGGACAACCUGGAAUGGUUGGAGCACCAGGAAGACCUGGAGAACCAGGACCACCAGGUCAAGUGGGAUCACCUGGUCCACAAGGACCCCAGGGAGUGUCUGGCAUCAAGGGACAACCAGGAGAAACAGGUAGACCUGGUCUCAAUGGACCUCAAGGACAGCCAGGAAUGCCUGGUGCUGAAGGACAGAAGGGAGAAAGAGGAACCACUGGACCUAUUGGACCUAUUGGACAACAAGGACCUCAAGGACCUCCUGGUGACAGAGGUCUCAUGGGUCUACCUGGACCUCAAGGAUUAGCUGGACCAACUGGAAGACGUGGCUCACCAGGAGAACCUGGAGUAGCAGGCAAACCUGGUAGUGAAGGACCACCAGGUCCUCAGGGUUCUUCUGGUCCACCAGGAAUGCGAGGACCUCCGGGAGAGACUGGACCUGAAGGUCCAGCAGGAAAACAAGGAUCUCCUGGAAUUUCAGGAAGAACUGGAGAUAAAGGACCUCCUGGGCCUCCAGGACAACAAGGACCCACUGGACCUCAAGGCUUACAAGGACCUCCAGGGUCUCCUGGGCCUCUGGGUCCUGCUGGUGAGCGUGGGUUAAGAGGAGAAGCUGGCCCACAAGGUGUAGAGGGCCAAGCUGGUCCCAGAGGAUUGCCUGGAGCACCUGGGCCACAAGGACUUAAAGGAGACACUGGAGCCAUGGGAUUCAAGGGAGACAAGGGCCACAGAGGUCUGAUUGGUCUUCAGGGCUUGCCUGGACCUCAAGGACAACAAGGAGAAAGAGGGCUCACAGGAUCUCCUGGACCAGUUGGCAAAGAUGGAGAGGCUGGGCCUAGAGGCCCAGCUGGAAGAGAUGGGUCUAUUGGUCCAGCUGGUCUUCCUGGCCCACAAGGCCUCAGAGGAACUCCUGGUGAGCCUGGUCAACCAGGGAUGCCAGGUUCUCCAGGUGGGUCUGGUCCACCUGGACCACCAGGGGACUCAUUUGGCUAUGAUGCUGCUGCUCUGGCAGCUCUUCUUGGUCAAAGCAUGGGAACUGUAAAGGGCCCAGAUCCAUUCAGUGGAGAUGAACCUGCCAGGAUAUUCUCUCCAGACACACCAGCUGAUGAGCGCAAGGAUUUGAUCUUCAAGGCAUAUGAAAAUCUCAAAGAGUCAUUCUCCAAACUCAAGAAACCAGAUGGAGAGUAUUACAUUGAUCCCAACCAAGGCAGCCCUGAUGAUUCAAUCAUGUUCACUUACAAGGCAGAUGGGAACCAACAUCGUAAGGACGUCGAGAACAGGAAGUCCUUGAGACGGUUCAAGUACAGGACCUAUGAUGUGGAGUUGACAGCAAAGGGAAACAAGAGAUUCACUUAUGCUGUCAAAGAUGAUGGCUGCCAGAACAAAUCACUUGACUGGGCACAGACAGUCUUCUCAAUUGAAGCAGACAAGCCACAAAGACUGCCAAUAGUUGACAUGGGGCUCAGAGAUAUUGGGGAAAGUGGGCAGACAUUCAAAAUUGGUGUAGGCAGGGCAUGUUUUAUGUAAAAAAAAAAAAAAAAGAAGAGGUGUUUAGAUAGCCUGUGUUUGCUCAAAACUGCUUUUUUGCAUUGUUUUUUGUGCUUAUGUUUUUGUCGAACCCACAGACAAAUGCUCUGUGCAGGUGACAGUCCCAACUACCCAGAAGUACUUUCAGUGUGUGUCUGAGCAGAGAGUGGAUGUUUUUAUGAUUUUUUCCUCAAGUUUUGCUUGCUGUGACGAUUCAAAGUCACAAUUAUGGCAGCAUGCUCCACCAAAUGUGUUCAAAUCAUUUACCUUAUGUCUUUGUGCUGACAUUAUGGGCAUCUGCACAUAUUUGAUCUUUUUUCUCCCUGAAAUUUUGAGGAGUUCAUUGUUUCACUGCCAAUUAGGGUCUAGUCUAUCAAACCUAAAUCUUGUGUUCUGGGAGUAAACUCAAUUGCUGUGAGAUCAAAUGAUUCAUGAAGAAAUGAUUGAUUUUUUGUGUGUGAUGAGAAGGGAAUACAAACUGUUCUUCAGGGCGACAGCAUGAGUCCUUCUCAAGAAAGUAAGAGUAUUGAGUUUAUGAUACCUGAAAGUUUGGAAUUUAUUUCCCACAACAAAAACACUGUUUCCGGGAGAAUUUCCUUUGUGCCACAAGUAUGACAACGGCAUGCC